AUGCGGAUUUUGCUGUUCGCCUCACUCAUCACUUCUGCAAUUGGCUUCUAUAUGAAGAAUACUACCGGAAACGGCGACACGACGUUUGCCAAUGCGCCAAGAGCAGCAGAAUUGAGGUCGAAAACGAAUAGUAUCGAAUUGUUCGGUCAGCGUAUGGAAGUCCCGGACUGGGUAAAUUCGGCAGCUGAGAAAACAAGAGGAAUGUUUGAUUCUGCGUCGAAUCUUUUCGGAAAGGACACAGCCACGUCGCGCAAGUCGCAGGACGGCUUGAUGACGAAUCUGAAGAAGGACGAAAGCACCAGGAUCUGGUUUGCAGUUUACCUCAACAUUCUUGUUGUUGUUCUGAUUUACGUUUUCAUCACGAUCAAGCUGGCACUAUUGUCGCUCAGUGAGGGCCAAAUGGAAAGAAAAAAAAGAAACGCAUACAGCUCGCACGUUGCUUUUGAUGGUCCUGACUACAAUCUCCCUUUGACAAGUAUCGCAACUAAAACCAACGCCAUAUCAAGUGCUCCGAUGUCUAUCGAUAACCCCAUGCCCGAUUUCGAAUAUGCCAGAGAAGCACAAGAGGACGAAUCUCUACACAAUGUUACACCUCUCGAUUUCGAUGCCAUUCCUUCUUCUGAACGAAACGAUGAUAGAUCGUUUUGA